UUCGACAUUUGGGGUUGAAUUUGACCUUUACGAGCCUCCGCUGUUGGUAGUGCUGACAGGAAACAACUAUUUCGAAGGGGUAAAAUUACACGAGAACGGGGCUAGAAGAAACUUCAACCUUCCCAAAAAGGUAUCAUUCCCAAAGGCAGUUUGAAUCCCUGAGCAUUGUGAACGCAAGUAUAAAGCACAUUAAGUAUAAAGCACAUUGCCUCACCAACUUUUGUCUGGCUUCAUCACUCUCUCCAUCGACAUCCUCCACAACUCUGUCUCCUCAGCCUUCAACAAAAAGCCUCCCUCGCCAAAAUGGUCAGCGCCAAGUACCUCCUCCUCGCACCUACCAGCUGUCUCACCUUUAUCGCCAACGGCAGCGUCUGGUGGCAUACUUGCGGCAACUACAAGUGUCCCCACACUGGCUCUUAUGAGGGUUUCAGUGGUACCAGCCCCUGCAUCAGGCUCGACAGCUCCAUCCGCUCGAUCGGGCUCACCCGCGUCGGCACCAAGUCGACCACUUGCAGCAUCUUCUCUGACAACAAGCUGCCAAGACCAGAGGCAGAGCGUGGGCUCCAGUGGGACGUACUCUUGCACGGCGUUCAACCAGAACUCGGGGAGCAUGAGGUGCUACUACAAUGUCUAAGCGCUCGAGCCUGGGGUUGGAAGGUCAACUGAGAGGGCAUAGAUUCAUGACACGAUGUAUCUGUGGGAUGGUAGAUUCGUGAGACAAUUGUUGGUGAGAGACUGGGUCAUCUUGUCCAUUAGUCGACUCCUUGUGGCGAUGCUUUAUGGGCAAACAUUGAGGCUCAGCAGUCAUCGGACAGAAGCAUCGUAUACUGGUGUCGAUAUUCCUCUUCCUCUAGUAACUCUGGACUCUCCA